GGUCACCCGCGGCUGUCAGUUUAUCAAAGCCCACUAAAAAGGCGGAGAAAUCAAAGACGUGUUCGAGAAGGUGGCUGGCUCCGAGUAGCCGACUUGGACCGACCAUAUCAACCACGUCAUCAUACACGUCCAGGUCUCAACUCCUAUGGCGACUCAUCUCCCGCCACGUGUCCCUCGACUCUCAAACGGCUAGUUUUUCUCCCGCCUGUCCGCCAAUAUUAAUUCUUUUAAAAAUUAACCGCCAAAGGAUAAACUCCACCUCGAAGCACACAAUCUUUCUUUCGAGGAAAACUCCAGUAUUUUCUCGGCCCAGCCCACCACUGGCCCAGAUAUUUUUGUUAUUUAAUUUAAUUUAAUUAAUUGUUUCUGUUUAUUUUACUCCCCUUUUUUUCCUUCUCAUUUCCCUCUUUCCUUAUUUCAACUUCCCCUCUCUGGUAUAUAAACCCCACAAAACCUCUCCGGUCACUUUUAAAAGGAACACAGAAAAGAGAUUUAAUCACUUACCAUUUCCAAAUCCGCGCAAGAAAAUUUAGGGUUUCCCGAAUCCUCCUAUUGAUUCAGUUCUCCCUUUCUUCGAUUCUGCCACCCGUCAGAUUCUCGUUCACAAUCUAGUUGAAUGAUCUGUUCGAGAAAGACAAUAAUGGCGCUGGGAAGGAGAUGCAGCUCGAUGAACUGGUCGUCGUCCAGCUACUACGCCGCCUGCGGCGGCGGCGGGAGCGAAGAGUGCCUUCCUUUCGAGUUCGCGAGGGUGAGGUCGUUCGGAAGGAAGAGGAUCGUCGUUUCGCAGAACAUGGAGUGCUGCUGGGACUCCGAGAUGAGUCCUCGGACUCCAUUGAAGAGGCUCUGCAGCGAGCCGCUUGGUGCAGUGAUGGCGGAGAUGGACGAGCAGCAGCAGCCUGAGGAGAAGUCUGUUCUCGAGAGCUUGCCGCAGGACGUUCUGAUUAAGGUGCUCUGUGGAGUGAACCACGAAGAUCUGAAGCAGCUUCUUCUCGUCUCCAAACCAAUCUCCGAAUCUACUUUGAUAGCUAAGGAUUCACACUUCCCCUACAGCACCCCGACGAAGGUCCGCGCGUUUCGAUCUCCGACGAUAGAUUACAACAGCGAGAUUGACGAGAUCGAAGCGCCUGGAGCCCCGAGCAGAGCAGCUCGGCGUUUCCCCAAGCCGCGGCUGAGCGAGAAGGAGGUUUCGGACCUGUCGGUAGCACUCUUCUCUAUCGAUUCGCCGCCGAAGAGGAAUAAGAAGAAGGGAUUGUUCAUGGAUGUGGAGAUAUGAAACGGAAGAGAUGGUAGUAAUGUGUACAUAAUCACACUUCCAGUCUCUGUUUGUUUGUUUGUUUGUUGUAGAUACAGAGGCAAAAAGGUAGAACACGAGAUAGAGGAACCCAUAGCGAGAGAGAGAGAGAGAGGCCAGACGUGUGUGCAGAUUCCUUCCUUCUUCAACGUUCCCCAAUUGAAGAUUUGAGCGUCUCUGUAUAUGUUAUUCGGCUUAGGAACAAACACUUUGUAAUUUAUUUACUUCGGGCAGCCUCUGCCCUUUUCUGCU